AUAAUAUUCUAAGUAGGUUUGUCAGAUACAAUCCUCUUUUUAAUAAGUAUUAAAUACAAUGUAGGUGCCAUACUAGUUUAGUUAUUUAUGGUAGUUCGGGAAGCAUAUAACUACGUUAUUGAUAAUCUUGAUGCUCAAAGAAUUUUCAAUGCAAAAGCCUAAUGCCCAAUGAUAAGUAAUAAAUUUUCAUCUUUUCAGAUGAAAAUGGGCCGGCAAAGGUACACAGUGCCAAUAAAAUCAGGAGGACGAAUCUGCAAAUCAUAUUCAACAGUACCACAAUGAUUCCUUUUAAAUGGCGCGGCAAAUACAUUUGUUUUUAUUGCGGAGAGCACAUUAAUGAUUACAGCGAUUUGAGACAACACACGAUAGAUCACGGAGACUGUACGGAUAAUGACAGAGCUAUAAAACUAGUCAAAGCGGGCGACGCGGAAGUCAAAAUCGAUGUUUCGGAUAUCACAUGCAAACUGUGUCUCGUUUCGUUCAUGUAUUUCGAUGACAUGCUAACACAUUUGAUGCUCGAUCACCAUUUGCCAUACAACAAAGAUGUGCCGUUAGCGUUAACCACGUAUCGUCUUGUAGAUCUCAAAUGCGUGUUCUGCGAUAGUAGCUUCAACUAUUUUAAUAAACUCGUGUCUCAUGUUAACCUUAAACACCCAGUCAAUCAACUGUACUGUCACGAUUGCAAUCAGAAAUUUAACAAAAAAAGAGACCUCGAAUCUCAUAUUCGCGCUCGGCAUAGGUCGGAAUAUGUGUGUAUGAAAUGCCCAGUCACUUUUGAUUCGAAUGCUGCAUUGCAAAAACAUAAAGCCACUUCCCAUGCCUCGCUUUGUAACGUCUGCUUCGAGCCUUUUUCUUCUGACACGGGCAGAGCCAAUCACAUAAAGAAAGUACAUUUCGACAACGACAUCCUACAAUGCGGGUUUUGCCUCAAAAUUUUAAGCACCAAAAUAGCGUUCCUCAACCACGCUUCGAAAUGUAACGUCAAAGAUUCUAAAGACUACAUCGAAACUGUCGACGAUGAUAAGAAACCUACGGUAGUUCAAAUACGGAAUAAUAUUGCUUGCAUUAUCAACAUGUCUACUGCUCUGCCUUUUAAGUAUUUCAUGAAUAAGUUCAGAUGUUUUUAUUGUGCGAAAGAUUUUACGGAAUGUGACGAUUUGAAGGAACAUACGGUUGUGGAGCACCCAAUUUGUAAUAGUAAACUCAAAUGUAUGAGACUCCGCAAUAGAGAAGCCGGCGCAAAAGUAAAACUAGAUGUAUCUACGCUUUCCUGUAAAAUGUGUUUUGAGCCAAUGAAAGAUUUGGACUAUCUAAUAGACCAUUUGGUAGUAGAACACAAAGCUCAGUACGAUAAGGCAGUUGACCACAACGUGCAGCCUUUUAAACUUAUCAAAGACGAUUUCCCUUGUCCGUUCUGCGCUGAGUCGUACAGAUAUUUCAGUAGCCUUCUAAAACAUAUCAGCGAGAACCACACGGAGAAUAACGUCAUAUGCCCAUUUUGUGGAGUUACUUUUAGGGCAGAUCACAAUCUGCGGUUUCAUAUAUCGUUUAAGCACAAGACUGGAAAUUUCAAAUGUACCGUUUGCGAUUUGAGUUUCCCGACCAAAGCACAUUUGAGGGAUCACUCCGGCUCGGUCCACGGGGACAAAGUGGCCCAAUGUCAAGAGUGUCUAGAGAAAUUUACUACGUUAUACGCUGUCCAAAGACACAGGAUCAACGUCCACGGUCUUGGUCACAAGUGCUCGUAUUGCGGCAAAUUGUUCACCAAGAAAUCUUUCAUGGUGAACCACGUACGACGGUUGCAUCUGAAAGAGAAGAACGUGGAAUGCUCCGUGUGUUUCGAAAGAUUUUUCGACGCAAACGCUUUGAAAAUGCACACGAUCAAACACGUCGGAGAGAGGAACUUCCAUUGCGAUAUUUGCGGGAAGAAGUUCCUUUGGAAGAAGAAUCUUAUAGGGCACAUGUCCUCGCACAUUAAGACUAAUCCAGUGUAGGCUUAAUCUAA